CCUGUCUGGAUUUCACUCCUCAUGAUCGUCCCCUCUCUUGCUGAAGCUGUGUUAACUUUUUUUUUUCUUUUUAAAAGUCAGUGUCUGCAGAAAAGAACUUCCCCUCCGCCCGGCCUCUCUGAGCACCGUCUCCCCGGAAAAGAAGGAGAGCAAGAAAGAAGCUCCGGAGUGGAAGUGAAGGACGCCGGGUUUUGUUCCUUCCGAGCAGAGCAGAGCAGAGCAGAGCAGCUCCACGCAGCCGGGUUUAGGCGUUGGCACCCGGGCAGGCAGUCCCUCGCCAUGGCCGGGGCCAAGCCGGGGGUCCACGCGUUACAGCUCAAACCUGUUAGCGUCCACGAAGCCCUGAAGAAGGGAGGGAAAUUCAUCAAGUGGGACGAGGAACCCAACAGUGGACCACCCACCCUGGUUACUCUAAAAGUGGACCCCGAUGGGUUCUUCCUCUACUGGACUGGAGGGUCCAAUCUGGAGGUGGAGACUUUGGACAUCAGCACCAUCAGGGAUACCAGGACUGGGAAGUACGCCAAGCAACCAAAGGACUCAAAGCUGCGAGAGGUGCUGGGAUUUGGUAAAGGUGACAAUGGAGAAGGGAAGCUGGUUACUGUCGUCCAUGGCAGUGACCUGGUCAACAUCUCCUUCCUCAACUUCCAGGCCAUGCAGGAAGAUACGGCCAAGAUUUGGACGGAUGAACUCUUCACCUUGGCCACAAACAUACUUUCCCAGAAUGCAUCGCGCAACACCUUCCUCCUCAAAGCGUACACCAAGUUAAAGCUGCAGGUGAAUCAGGAUGGAAAGAUUCCUGUCAAGAACAUUCUCAAGAUGUUCUCAGAUAAAAAGAGAGUGGAGACGGCACUGGAGCAGUGUGGCCUGGUCAACAACAGGACAGAGGGAAUUAAGCCAGACGAUUUCACGUGGGAGGCCUUCCAGAAGUUUCUAGACAGCUUGUGCCUGCGGCCUGAGAUACAAAGCAUCUUAGAAGAAAUUGGCUCCAAGAGGAAACCGUUCAUCUCUCUGGACCAGCUGAUGGACUUCAUCAACCGCAGGCAGCGAGACUCCAGGCUGAACGAGGUGCUGUACCCCCCGCUGAAAAGAGAGCAGGUCCGACAGAUCAUGGAGAAAUAUGAGACCAACACCAGUCAGCUGGAGCGAGACCAGAUCAGUUUACAGGCAUUCAGUCGGUACAUGGGAGGAGAGGAAAACAGUAUCGUGCCUCCAGAGAGGCUGGACAUCAUCGACGAUAUGAACCAACCGCUGUCUCACUACUUCAUCAACUCCUCACACAACACAUACCUCACAGUGGGCCAGCUGACUGGUCUGUCUUCAGUAGAGAUGUACAGACAGGUUCUUCUGACUGGCUGCCGCUGUGUGGAGCUGGACUGCUGGAAGGGCCGGCCGCAAGAUGAGGAGCCCUACAUUACCCACGGCUUCACCAUGACCACUGAGAUCCCCUUCAAGGAGGUGAUUGAGGCCAUUGCAGAGAGUGCCUUCAAGACCUCGCCAUACCCCGUCAUCCUUUCCUUUGAAAACCACGUUGAUUCAGCCAAGCAGCAGGCCAAGAUGGCGGAGUACUGCAGGACUAUACUUCUCCUUGAUCCACUGGAACAAUCUUCGCUGGUCCCAGGCCAGCCCCUGCCCACACCACAAGAGAUGCUUGGGAAGAUUCUCAUAAAAAACAAGAAAAAGCACCACCACCACCGACCGUGCAGCAGCGGCAGCAUACGGCGCAGAGAGCUGGAGGAGCAGUCGUCUCCUAACAAUGAGUGUCCUUUGACGGAGGGCGAAGGAGGACAUGUCAUGUCCAACGGGGAGGAGAAGCUGGCAGAGAGGAUGGUCAAAGACUUGGAGCCACGCAAGUCCAUUGGAGGUGAGGGAGAAAGUGAGGAGGACGAGGAGGACGAAGCGGUGACGGAGCUCAAAAAGCCAAACACUGAUGAGGGCACAGCCAGCAGUGAGGUAAAUGCCACGGAGGAGAUGUCAACCCUGGUCAACUACAUCGAGCCUGUCAAAUUCAAGAGUUUUGAAGUUGCAAGCAAGAGGAAGAAGUACUUUGAAAUGUCGUCGUUUGUAGAAACCAAAGGCAUGGACAUUCUGAAGAGCUCGCCAACAGCGUUUGUUGAGUACAACAAGAACCAACUCAGCAGAAUUUAUCCCAAAGGCACGAGGGUGGACAGCUCCAACUACAUGCCCCAACUCUUCUGGAACGUCGGAUGCCAAAUGGUCGCACUAAACUUCCAGACCCUCGACCUUCCGAUGCAGCUAAACAUGGGUGUGUUUGAGUACAACGGUCACAGUGGCUACCUCCUGAAACCAGAGUUCAUGAGAAGGACGGACAAACAGUUUGACCCUUUUACUGAGAACAUAGUGGACGGGAUUGUGGCCAACACGGUCAAAAUAAAGAUCAUUUCAGGUCAGUUCCUGACAGACAAAAAAGUGGGUGUGUACGUGGAAGUGGACACAUUUGGACUGCCUGCGGACACAAAGAGGAAGUACAGAACCAAAACCUCCAAUGGAAACUCACUGGACCCAUUGUGGGAUGAUGAGACAUUUGUUUUUAAUAAGGUGGUUCUCCCAACACUGGCCUCUCUGAGGAUAGCAGUGUUUGAAGAAAAUGGCAAGUUUAUUGGCCACCGCAUCCUCCCAGUGUCAGCCAUCAGACCUGGUCAGUCACAACACACGCUUUAUUAUUCACAGAUUUUUAAAACUACAGAAAUGUUUUUUGAACCAGUUGUGUUGGUAUUUUAUUUAUAUAUAUGUAUAUAUAUAUAUUUUUUCUUGAUAGUAAGGCAUGAUUUUGGUGAUAUUUUCAAAUAUUCAGAUAAAAUAUUUUUGCAGUUUUUAGCACAAAUUAUUCACUUGGCAGCAUGUUAUGGGCUAUGGACAUGCAUUUAGAGGCAUUUCUGGAACUUUUGAUUUUUUGCA